AUGGCAGAUGAACAAUUCUCCCUUGACUGGAAGCUUGUCCGUGACGAGAUCAUCGCCGCCUUGGCCGAUGAACUCAACCCACAACGACACAAAAACCACUUUGAAGUGAUGAGGGGAUUCAAAUUGACCAACGGUCACUUGCCCGCUGGUGCGGAUUGCGUCUGGAUAAAAUACGACUUUGAUGUCCCGCGCUUGCAAUGGCAGGCAAACACUCAGGCAUGGGCAUACGAGCAAAUCGCUAAAGACGAUAACGCAAAUGCAAGGUUCCACAUUCCCCGUGUUUGCGAUUUCUUUGAGGCAAGAAUUAAUGGUUUGGACUAUGGGUUGAUCGUCAUGGAGUUUGUUGAAGGCGUGACUGUAAGCGACAUCGAGUUCAAUAUCACGUCCAGCAAUAUAAGCCAGGAGGAGAAGCAGAACAAGUUAUGUCCUUAUGGAGGCGGUCUGAUUACGAAUCUUGUCUGGGGCCGUGAGGAUUCCAAUUCACCGCAAGAAUAUGAGAGCGUGGAAGAUCUACAGAACUGGAUUAACGCGGAAAACGACAGAACAAAUCCCGGCUACCCGCCUGUAGACCUAGUAUCGGAAGAUCUACGGCUCUGUUUUGGCGAUAUGAACCUGACGAACUUCAUCAUGGAGGAUGAAGACCCUUCAAGUCGCUUGAUCAUUAUAGACUUUGAGCAUGCAAACUUCCUACCGACGUCAUUCCUCGUCUACUCAUCUUGGCUUACCCACGAUGCCCAUAUCAGCGAGGGCAUAAGGAUAAGAGCUCAUUUGCAAGUUAAUGAGGAUACGAAUGCUGCACUUGACAACAUCAGAAGACAUAGACCUUAUUAG